AUGCCAUCUUCUUUAGGAGAACUUUCAUCAUUAGAAUUCCUAGAUAUUUCCAAUAAUCAACUGAAUGGAACUCUUUCUCAGAUUCACUUUACUAAUCUCACAAGGCUGCUUGUGUUUACUGCAAAUGAAAACUCAUUGGUGCUGAAAGUUAGUCCUGAUUGGGUUCCUUCUUUUCAGCUUGAAUCUUUACAGUUGGGAUCUUGUCGUUUAGGGCUUCAAUUUCCUUCAUGGGUUCACUCACAAAAAUAUUUAUAUUCUCUGGAUUUAUCAAACGCAGGAAUUUCAGAUACAAUUCCUGAGUCGUUUUGGAAAUCUAUCCACCAAUUUGAAUUUUUAAAUCUCUCCAACAACCAAAUCCGUGGGGAGAUUCCAAAUUUGAGUGAGGUCACCAAAUUGAAGUAUCUUGACUUGAGUUCUAAUAAAUUUUCAGGUCCAUUGCCUCUGGUAUCCUCCAAUCUGGUUCAAUUAGAUCUUUCCAAUAAUAGUUUGUCAGGAUCUAUGUCCCACUUUCUGUGUUAUGGGAAAAAUGGGUCAAGGGCAACUCGAAUUCUCAACCUUAGAUAUAAUCUUUUAUAUGGAGAGUUGCCUGAUUGCUGGAUGAAUUUGCAAUCCUUGUCUGUUCUGGAUUUGGAUAACAAUAAUUUCAGUGGUGUCCUUCCUGUACUUGAUUUUGGUGAAAAUCAGUUGGUUGGAAAUCUUUCAACAUGGAUUGGGAAUUCUUUCUCAGAUAUGGUGAUUCUCAACCUGCGUUCGAAUAAUUUCCAUGGACUUUUCCCCGCUGAACUUUGCCAUCUUGUGAAUUUACAAAUCCUGGACCUUGCUUCCAACAACCUUUCUGGAACAAUACCGAGCUGCAUCAGCAACAUCAGUGCCCUGGUGAUUAUAAACUUCACUGGAAUCAGCAACAGCAUUGUAAAAGAAGAUUUUGUUGAAGAUACAUCUGUUGUGGUAAAAGGGCGUAUGUUAGAAUAUCACACCACUCUUAAUCUGGUAAGACUUGUUGACCUCUCUCAUAAUAGUUUCUCAGGCGAGAUACCUGAACAAGUGACAAGUCUGGGAGCAUUACAGACACUUAAUUUGUCACACAAUUCUUUUACAGGAACAAUCCCUGAGAAUAUUGGUCACAUGAGAUCAAUAGAGACACUUGAUUUAUCCGCAAACUAUCUUUUUGGUGAAAUCCCAGAGAGUAUGUCAAAUUUGACAACUUUGAGUAGCUUGAACUUAUCCAACAACAAGUUGAUUGGGAAAAUUCCUUCAAGCACUCAACGACAAAGCUUUGAGGCCUCUUCUUUUACCGGCAAUGAACUUUGUGGACCUCCGCUUCAGAAUUGUAUUGUGAUUGUUCCAAAUCCUGAGUACAAAAAUAGAAAUGGUAAUGAACAUGAAGUUGACUGGUUCUAUGUGAGCAUGGCACCCGGGUUUGUGGUUGGCUUUUGGAGUUUCAUUGGUCCUCUUCUCGUUAAAAAAAGAUGGAGAUAUUGUUGGAGAAGAGAGGAUGUGCUGUUGUGCGUGACCAUGUAA